AUGUCGCUGUUGCGCAACGGCCUGAUAGCAAUCACCGGCACCACGGGUGUCGGCAAGUCGCAGCUAGCAAUCGAGAUCGCGCGCGCAAUCAACGGCGAGGUGAUAAACGCCGACGCCCUCCAGGUCUAUCGCGGCUACCCCAUCAUCACCAACAAGGUGACUGAUGCCGAGAUGCUUGGCGUGCCUCACCACCUUCUGGGUACCAUCGGGUCCAGCACCGAGUACACUGUGCAGGACUUUGAGCGCGACGCACUGCAGAAAAUUGACGAGAUCCACAGGCGCGACCGCGUACCAGUGCUGGUCGGCGGCACCAACUACUACAUCCAGUCGGCAAUGUUCCGCACAGCGCUCGUCAGCUCCAUGUCUCGCGACGCUGAGGAGCCGCAGGCCGAGGUUGAGCGCGAGUUUGAAGCGACCAAUGCCUCAAGGACUAAUCAGGAGCUGUGGGAGGAGCUGAAAAAGGUCGAUGCGCCGAUGGCCGAGAAGUGGCACGUAAACAACCGCCGAAAGGUGCUGCGCAGCCUGGAGAUUCUGCACACUACCGGCAAAAGGCAUAGCGCGUGGGUCGAGGAAAGCGAGCAGGCCCGCAAAACUGCAGACACGCUGCGGUUCCCGACAUUGCUGUUCUGGCUUUACGCCGACACACCUGUGCUUAACACGAGGCUGGAUAACCGCGUUGACGAUAUGAUCGAGCGCGGCAUGUUCGACGAGCUCCAGGAGCUACACAGGGACAUGCAGGAUCCGAAGGCACUGGCGCCACUGGGCGAUGACUUCACAAGGGGCUUGACCCAGGCGAUCGGGUUCCGCGAAUUUAAGCCGUACAUGGAAGCCGACCACGAGGAUGACCGCCAGAAGCUGAAGGCGCAGGGUAUCGAUGACAUGAAGCCUCGUGCCUACGUUUUGGAUGCAACAGAUCUCGAAUCGUGGGGCGCCAGUGUCAAGCAAAAGGGCAUUGAUAUAGCAAAGCUGUUCACGAGCAAUGCUGAGCUGCCAGACCCAGCAUCAUUGUCUGACACUGCUGAGAAGCUGCUAUACGAGGUUUGGCUGAACGGCGACGACGAGUACAAGCAGCACAUGCGCUCGCGCCAACACAAAAAGAACACCAAGUACAAGAAGCGCAUGGCCGAGGCUGGCGACGCCCGGCGCAAGCGUGCCAAGGUCGCUGCCGCAGAGCAGGAUCCGGAUCUUUAG